AUGGCACUGCACAAGGACUGUAUUUCUAGCAGUGUAGCAGGGCUGGCCGCUUGCGGAUCCGCCCGAGCUGUGAUCGCGGCAGCCGCCGCCGCCACUGCCGAGAGCCCUGCGGCCGUCGCGGGCGGUAGCGGAGGAGGAGGAGGAGGCCCCGGCUCGGCUCGCAUCGCGGGCAAGAAGGCGCAGCUCCGCUCCGCGCCCCGCGCCAAGAAGCUCGAGAAGCUGGGCGUCUACUCCGCCUGCAAGGCUGAAGAAUCUUGUAAAUGUAAUGGCUGGAAAAACCCUAACCCACCUCCCACUCCACCCAGGGCAGACUUGCAACAGGCAGUUGUGUGUCUCACCGAACCAUGUCGUAGCUGUAAUCAUCCACUUGCUGCUCACGUUUCCCAUUUGGAGAAUGUCUCUGAAGAAGAAAUGAACAGACUGUUGGGGAUUGUGCUGGAUGUGGAGUAUCUCUUCACCUGUGUCCAUAAAGAAGAAGAUGCUGACACUAAACAAGUCUAUUUCUACUUGUUCAAGCUUUUGAGGAAGUGCAUAUUACAGAUGGUGAAACCUGUUGUAGAGGGAUCUUUGGAAAGUCCCCCGUUUGAGAAGCCUAGUAUUGAGCAGGGAGUUAAUAAUUUUGUCCAAUACAAAUUUAGCCACCUACCAUCAAAAGAGAGACAAACAAUAGAUGAAUUGGCUAAAAUGUUUCUAAAUCGUAUCAACUAUUGGCAUCUGGAGACUCCUUCCCAGCGAAGGCAGAGGUCACCUAAUGACGACAUUGCUGGCUAUAAAGUUAAUUAUACAAGGUGGCUGUGCUACUGCAAUGUACCCCAGUUUUGUGAUAGUCUACCUCGAUAUGAAACCACACAAGUUUUUGGGAGAACACUGCUGCGCUCUGUCUUUACUGUCAUGAGACGACAACUUCUAGAACAUGCUAGACAGGAGAAAGACAAGCUUCCUCCUGAGAAACGGACACUAAUCCUCACACAUUUCCCAAAGUUCCUGUCCAUGUUGGAGGAAGAGGUGUAUAGUCAAAGUUCUCCUAUCUGGGAUCCAGAUUUCAUGGCAUCCUCUUCUCGAACUGCCCAGCUAGGCAUCCAGACAGUUAUUAGCCGUCCUCCAGUGGUAAGGUCCUUCUCAUACAAUGCAAGUCCCUCAUCUCUCGAGCAGCCCAGUAGUGGGAGUUUGAGCCCUGCAUGCAAGGCUGUUUCUGGCUUGGACCCAAACCUGGGAGAGAAAAGAAAAAUUAAUGAGCCUUAUUCUGGGGAGGAUGCUAAGAAGCCGAGAGUUGUAGGAGAUAUUCCUAUUGAACUAAUCAAUGAAGUGAUGUCAACCAUUACAGAUCCAGCAGCAAUGCUUGGGCCAGAGACUAAUUUUCUAUCAGCACACUCAGCCCGGGAUGAAGCCGCAAGGCUGGAAGAGCGCAGGGGAGUGAUUGAAUUUCAUGUGGUUGGAAAUUCCCUAAACCAAAAGCCAAACAAAAAAAUUAUGAUGUGGCUGGUUGGCUUACAGAACGUAUUCUCACAUCAGCUACCCAGAAUGCCAAAAGAGUACAUUACUCGUUUAGUCUUUGAUCCGAAGCAUAAGACCCUUGCAUUAAUAAAAGAUGGCCGUGUGAUUGGUGGUAUCUGUUUUCGGAUGUUCCCAUCGCAAGGAUUUACAGAAAUAGUUUUCUGCGCUGUGACUUCUAAUGAACAAGUCAAGGGUUAUGGAACCCAUCUAAUGAAUCAUCUGAAAGAAUAUCACAUUAAGCAUAAUAUUCUCAACUUCCUUACAUAUGCUGAUGAAUAUGCAAUUGGUUACUUCAAGAAACAAGGUUUUUCAAAAGAUAUUAAAGUACCCAAAGCAAAAUACGUUGGCUAUAUCAAGGAUUAUGAAGGAGCCACUUUAAUGGGAUGUGAAUUAAAUCCAAAGAUUCCAUAUACUGAAUUUUCAGUUAUCAUUAAGAAGCAGAAAGAGAUCAUUAAAAAAUUAAUUGAAAGGAAGCAAGCUCAGAUUCGGAAAGUUUAUCCUGGUCUUUCUUGCUUCAAAGAUGGAGUACGACAGAUCCCCAUAGAAAGCAUUCCUGGAAUUAGAGAGACCGGCUGGAAGCCAAGUAGUAAAGAGAAAGGUAAAGAACCCAAAGAUCCAGAUCAGCUGUACAGCACUCUAAAAAACAUUCUACAACAGGUAAAGAGCCACCAAAGCGCUUGGCCUUUCAUGGAACCUGUGAAGAGGACAGAAGCUCCUGGAUAUUAUGAAGUUAUAAGGUUCCCCAUGGAUCUGAAAACUAUGAGUGAACGACUGAAAAACCGGUACUAUGUAUCGAAGAAAUUAUUCAUGGCAGAUUUGCAGCGCGUGUUUACUAACUGCAGAGAGUACAACCCUCCUGAAAGUGAAUACUACAAGUGUGCCAAUAUACUAGAGAAAUUUUUCUACACAAAAAUUAAAGAAGCUGGGCUAAUUGACAAGUGAUAUCGUCUAUCUCUAACACAAUCAAUAUGCCUGCUUAAGAGCAGAGUAUGCAGUUCAUAUUUCAAUAGAAUUGGAGCGUGUGUUAAAAUAAAUUUGUUUUAUUAACUAGCACUUUUAAAAAAUGUAAUAUAGAGAGUUUAUUUUAUUAAAGUACUUUUUAAAUGUACACCUGCAUGCCCUUUUGCAGUGAAUUCAAUAAUACAUUUUUAUUAGAUGUAUUGCACAAAACUGUUUGGAGAUUUGGAAAGGGACAAUUUUCCAAGCAGCGAAUGUUUAAGCUUAAUGUAACACAGUAUCAAAUUGUAAAAAGCUUUUUAUUUUUUACAGCAGAGAUGCUAAUGAAGGGGAAAAUGAAUUUUAUAUAUAUUUUAAUGAAACACUCAACUACUAGAAGGUGCUAUGAGAAUAUUAGAAAGAACUGCUCUAAAGUAUAAUUAGGAAAAUCCCCUAAUAGGUGCAAUUUUUUUCUUAUUAAUUUCAUUCUUUGUAUUUGGAACCACUAUGUCAAAGGAAAUCUGACUAGUUAAGUUGUGUCAUGCUGACUUUGGUUAUAUAAAUCAUAAAUUCCAAAAGACUUCAAAACCUGUGGUAGCCAUAAAAGCCAUAUAUACUCUUCUAUACUGUUUUGUAGGGCCAGCUAAAGUAUAUUUCAAAUGAAGAAUAACCUUUUCUAUUACUGUGUCCCAAGCUGGCAAUCACUUGCCUGCAUUAGGAAUUUUAUAUACAUGGAAAAGCAACGCUAAUCAUACAUUCCCACAGUAGCUGCUGCAGUGAGUGGGUGGAAGGGGCAGAUCCAAAGAUUUUCACACACAUCAGCCAGCAACUAGAUGCCAUGAGUAAGUUGAGCAACAUUCACAUUAACCUAACUAGUGCAAUGGGAUUUUUUAGUAUUCCUGUGCAGAGUGUAUGCCUCCCUAGUCUCUUUCUGCAAAUGAAAAUGUUUCCAUUAUGCAAGUGGUUUUCCCUUCACACUAUAGUAGUUGGACAUAACUUUCCUAUCACAACUAUCUGCACCCUACCCCCACCCCCGACAGAAAACCAAUCAUAAGGGCUAGGAGCUCUGGUUGUGAGAUGCAGUGCAGGGCUGCAGUCAGAAGUGAAACUGACAAAUGUACUCAACCCCCUAACCUCUUGCACAAAGAGCAAGAGUUUUUUGUAAGGUAGGGAGGAUUUCUGUUAAUUCCCCUCAUGGCGGUGAGGAGUUGCAGUGCAGGGGGAAGGUACUAAAAUCCCUUCCGAACACUUUAUUUGCAGUUCUGUAAAGAUUCAACUAUCCUUAAAUUAGAGCCUUAUCUGAUACUUUCCAGGGUUUUAUGACACAUCAUAAAAAACUGAACAUACUCCUGCUAAGUUAACUUACUUACCGUCAUGUAUUGCUUUAAUUAAACUGGAUUUCUCACCUACAUUUUAUAACAAUCUUAUUAGCAUACUAUUGAUUGCAGCUAUAAUUUUCAUUACUCCUUACAUUAUACAUAGGAGAUACACUUCCAUUUGUGCCAAUGGGGUGUGAAGGAAAUAUUUGCUAACUACUAUGUCCUACUUCAUGAGUGGGCAGUGGUUGUCUCACAAACACUGGGAACAGAGGGCAAUGAAGGAUGUCUCAUGGUAAGGGUGGACUGCUUCUCCUGUGUUUAUAAAAUGCUGUUGGACUAGAGCUUCAUGCUGUUUUUAGAUGUGCUGAUAUUUCACUAGAAAAGUGGCAAACUGCAUUUCAAUAGAAAUAUCCAUUUUUACAGAUGCCUAUGGGAGUGUCUAUCCUACAAGUAGAUGACCCUUGCUAGAAGGAAAUGGUACAAAAGUUAGUAAAAAUGGUGACAUAGAAAUGCCUUAGCGCUUUAUAUAAAAUCGGUCAGAUUUAUUUGGCUUUGUAUUUAAGGUACAAUGAUGCAACUGUGUAUUAGAGUAUUUAAGUAGUACUUUUCAAGUAUUUUAUAAAC